AUGUUAAAGAUGAGUAACAAAAAAACAAAUAAGAAAGCAGCUAGAAAUAAUGGAUCAUUCCGAUCGCUUUUCAUGCAUGCAGACGUUGCCGAUAUGUUUCUCAUGGGUUUCGGACUUUUCGGUGCCAUCGCCGAUGGAUUUGAGGUUCCAACGUUGUUGUUUAUUUCUUGCGCCCUUAUGAACAGCGUUGGAAACUUUUCUUCUAUAUCCACCAAUGUCUUCAUUGGCAGAAUCAAUAAGAAUGCAGAAUAUCUUUGUUACUUGGCCAUUGGAAAAUUCGUUGCAUGUUUUAUUGAGGGGUAUUGUUGGACAAGAACAGCAGAGAGACAGACCUCACGAUUGAGAACAACUUAUUUAAAAGCAAUUUUAAGACAAGAAGUGGCCUAUUUUGACUUGAAUGUUACAUGCACAGCUGAAAUCGUUACUACUGUUUCGAGUGAUAGCCUCAUCAUUCAAGAAUUCAUCAGCGAAAAGUUGCCGGUGUUCGUGAUGAAUGUGGCGGGCUUUUGUGGAGCAUAUAUUAUGUCAUUUAUGUUACUAUGGAGGCUAGCAAUUGUUGGGCUUCCAUUUAUCAUCAUUUUAGUGAUCCCUGGUCUGAUUUAUGGAAGAGUUUUAGUUAGCUUAUCAAGACAAAUCAGGGAGGAGUAUAAUAAUGCUGGUGUUGUCGUGGAGCAAGCGAUAUCUUCUGUAAGGACAGUUUAUUCGUUUGUUCGUGAAAGCAAGACCAUUAGAGAGUAUUCUGCUGCUUUACAGGGAACAAUGAAGUUAGGUAUAAAUCAGGGUUUGGCUAAGGGAUUGGCAAUGGGCAGCAAUAGUGGCGUCGUUUUUGCUGUUUGGUCUUUCAUAUGUUGGUACGGUAGUAGAUUGGUUAUGUACCAUGGAGCUAAAGGUGGAAUCGUGUUUGGUGUCGGAAGUUCUAUUACAUAUGGUGGACUAUCAUUGGGUGCUGGAUUGUCAAAUGUCAAGUAUUUUUCAGAGGCAAUGGCUGCAAGUGAACGUAUAAGGGGAUUGAUAAAAAGAGUUCCGAAGAUAGACUCAGAAGACAUGGAAGGGGAGAUAUUACAAGAAGUCUUUGGGGAAGUAGAAUUCAAGAGCAUAAAGUUUGCCUACCCAUCGAGGCUGGAGUCAGUGAUAUUUGAAGACUUUAACUUAAAGCUUCCAGCAGGGAAGACAAUGGCAUUGGUAGGCGGUAGUGGGUCAGGUAAAUCAACGGUGAUUUCAUUGUUACAAAGAUUUUAUGAUCCUCAAGAAGGAGAGAUUUGUUUAGAUGGGGUGAGGAUUGACAAGCUUCAACUAAAGUGGAUAAGAUCACAAAUGGGUUUGGUAAGUCAAGAGCCUGCUCUAUUUGCUACCACCAUAAAAGGGAACAUACUUUUUGGUAAGGAAGAUGCCACUAUGGAAGAAGUCAUUGAGGCUGCAAAAGUUUCAAAUGCUCAUAACUUCAUCUCCCAGUUGCCCCAGGCUUAUGAAACCCAGGUUGGUGAAAGAGGAAUUCAAAUGUCAGGUGGGCAAAAGCAAAGGAUAGCAAUUGCACGUGCCAUAAUCAAGUCGCCUCGUAUUCUUCUCUUGGAUGAGGCAACAAGUGCACUAGAUUCUGAAUCUGAACGGGUCGUGCAGGAGGCACUUGAUAGUGUGGCAGUUGGUCGAACCACCAUUAUCAUAGCUCAUCGCCUUUCAACAGUUAGAAAUGCAGACAUGAUAUCAGUGGUCCAAAAUGGCCGGUUAGUAGAGUCUGGCUCCCAUGAUGAACUCAUUCAACUUGAAAACAGUUUCUACAAAUCACUCGUUCACCUCCAAGAAAAAAAGCAAAACACUGAAACCCUACACAAAUGUCCAUUGGACUCCUCCACACAUUAUGUCCACAACAAGAGCAGCCGUCAGCAACUGAUUGUGAGCAGGUCGAGUUCCACAAACUCAGGCAACCGUGGUGAACAAAACUUUAUCUCGCAGGCCAACCAAGAAAUUCCAGUGCCUACAUUUAAGAGGCUAUUAGCAAUGAACAUUCCUGAAUGGAAGCAAGCAUUGUUUGGGAGUGUGGGUGCGAUUUUGUUUGGUGCUAUUCAGCCACUUUAUGCUUUCUCGAUGGCGUCAAUGAUGUGCGUGUAUUUUUUGCCAGAUCAUGACGAUAUCAGGCAUAAAACGAUGAUUCAUGCAUUGUGUUUCAUUGGUUUGGCAGUUUGUUCAAUGCUAAUCAAUAUCGUUCAGCAUUAUAACUUUGCAGCCAUGGGAGAGCACUUAACAAAGAGAGUACGAGAAAGGAUGUUGUUAAAGAUACUCGCCUUUGAAAUUGGGUGGUUCGACCAAGAUGAAAACUCAAGCGGGGCAAUUUGUUCAAGGCUUGCUACAGAUGCCAAUGUGGUGCGGUCUUUGGUGGGUGAUCGAUGCUCACUUCUAAUACAAGCAUUCUCUGCAGUAACAAUUGCCUUCACGAUGGGGCUGGUGAUCGCAUGGAGAUUGGCUAUAGUUAUGAUUGCAGUUCAACCACUAAUAAUCAUAUGCUUCUAUUAUAGAAAAAUUCUUUUAAAAAACAUGUCAGAGAAAGCCAUGAAAGCACAAGAUGAAAGCAGCAAGCUUGCAGCUGAAGCUGUCUCAAAUUUACGUACGGUGACUGCCUUUUCAUCCCAAACACGAAUACUCAAAAUGCUCAAAGAGACCCAAAAAGAGCCAAUGCAUGAAAGCAUCCGGCAAGCUUGGUAUGCUGGAUUUGGACUCGGGUUUUCACAAAGCCUUAUAGCUUGUACUUGGGCUCUAGCCUUUUGGUAUGGUGGGAGAUUGAUUAGCGGUGGUCAUCUUGGGAUCAAACCAUUUCUCCAGUCGUUUUUUAUCUUGGUAAGCACGGGGAGGGUCAUUGCAGAAGCAGGGACCAUGACAAAUGAUCUGGCCAAAGGGUCUGAUGCAGUGAAGUCUGUGUUUGCAUUAUUAGACCGUUACACCUUGAUAGAUCCUGAGGACCCCAAUGGUAACAAGCCAGAGAUCAUUACAGGGCAUAUAGAGAUGCAAGAUAUUGACUUUGUGUACCCCGCUCGGCCUAACAUUAGUAUCUUCAAAGGAUUUUCAGUCACUAUUGAAGCAGGUAAAUCAACUGCGUUGGUCGGACAAAGUGGGUCUGGGAAGUCAACCAUAAUUGGGUUAAUCGAGCGUUUUUAUGACCCGGUGAAGGGUAUUGUUGAAGUUGAUGGAAGGGAUAUAAGGUCUUACCAUUUAAGAACACUGAGGAAGUAUAUUGCACUCGUGAGCCAAGAGCCAUCACUGUUCUCCGGUACCAUACGUGAAAACAUCAUAUACGGUGCUUCCGAAAAUGUUAGUGAAUCAGAGAUUAUAGAGGCUGCAAAAGCAGCCAAUGCUCAUGAUUUCAUAGCAGUUUUAAAAGACGGGUAUGAUACUUGGUGUGGUGAUCGAGGGGUACAACUUUCUGGAGGACAAAACCAACGCAUUGCCAUAGCCCGUGCUAUACUGAAAAAUCCAACAGUUUUGUUACUAGACGAAGCGACUAGUGCACUUGAUAGCCAGUCUGAGAAUAUAGUGCAAGAAGCUCUCGAGCGAAUGAUGGUGGGGCGGACAAGUGUGGUGGUGGCACACCGGUUAAGUACAAUACAAAGUUGUGACACUAUUGCAGUUUUGGAGAAAGGGAAAGUGGUUGAGAAAGGUAACCAUCGGACGUUGCUAGCAAAAGGGGCGCCAGGAGCUUACUACUCCUUGGUCAAUCUGCAAAAGCCUAUUUCUAAUCACUGAAACUUGGUGGAGACAACAUAUGGGUUUUGA